AUGUAUUUGUUUACAAGUUUUUCCAGUCAGCUUGAAGAUACAGAAGCCAACAGCUUAGCAGGAAUAAAGGAGACGGGAGACCACUUGGCAACUUUUCAUCCCAGGCGGGAAAAGAAAACCCCACUGGUAGGCAUGGACUGCACUGUACGCAAGGUGCUGUUGAUGGUCAUACGCUUCAUUGCAGGCCUCUUUGACAGGCGGUACUCUCUGUGGCCUUCAUUAUUAUUCAGGACCAUGAUAUGGUACAAACGUCAAUUAAGGUGUGUGAAGGUGAAAUAUAUUGAGCACGAUGGCUACAGAUUCUGCUACUUCUCUCGAGGGAAGCCCGGACACCGGCCGUCAAUCCUGAUGCUUCAUGGUUUCUCAUUCAACAAAGACAUGUGGUUAAAUGCAGUCAAACAUUUUCCUAGAAGCAUCCACAUAGUUUGCCUUGACAUGCCUGGUCAUGGAGAAACCACUCGUCUGCUGGCUGAGAAUUAUACAGCAGUUGAUCAAGCUAAAAAGAUACACCAGUUUGUGGAGUGGACGGGUCUGAACAAAAAGCCAUUUCACCUGGUUGGCAUGUCUAUGGGAGGAAUGGUUGCUGGGAUUUAUGCUGCUCAGUAUCCCUCUGAGAUCUGCGCUUUGUCUCUCCUUUGUCCACCUGGCUUGCAGUACUCAACAGAAAACGAAUUCAUCAGGCGUUUGAAGGAGCUGCGCCAAUCUGCCAACGCACAUGACAAUCCUCUUGUUGUUUUGACUGUACAACAGGGAGAAGACUUACUCAGGCUUGGCUUGUAUCGUCCCAACAAAAUAAACAUGCAGCUCCUAAAGGGAUAUCUUGAAGACCGGAGGCCACACAAGUCUUUUUUCUUAAAAUGCUUCUUAGAUAUGUCCAGCCUCAACUCAAGGUACAGUCUUCAUGAGAACAUGAGCAAAAUCAAGGCUCCAACACAGAUCAUCUGGGGAAAAGAUGACAAGGUGAUGGAUCCUUCUGGAGCAGAAACCUUAGCCAAAGGCAUUCCUGACUCACGAGUGUACAUACUGGACAAAUGUGGGCACUUUAUAACACUUGACAGGCCCAGGCAAUCGGCAAAACUCCUCUUCAAGUUCUAUAAAUCAGUUUGUGGCACUGCCAAAAAUAAGAAGGUGGCAUAA